AUGACGCACCUUUAUUCACUUAAUAUUUUGGCGAACAGUGCAUUCGAACCAAUUUUCGGAUGUCCGGAUUUAAAAGACCCACCGAAAGACGUAACCUGGCUGGUCAGGGAUGAUUACGUCAUAGUCUCCUGCAACCAAUCACACGUCGCCAAUGUUAAAUGUCUACAGAACGGUAGUUGGAGUGGUGAUUUGCGGCCAAAUUGUAGUGCUGGAGCUGCAGUUUUCGGUGCUAGCGGCAGCCAAAGAAGUAGCUACAACAACCUCAACCACGACGACGAUGACGUAGAUGAUGGUGAUGAUGAUAACAAUGGAGCAUCAUUGGUCGAUAAUGGCGUUAUGGAGCAGCCUAAAAGAUUCCAUAAACACAGUUUGGCCCUCUCGCUUCUUCUUACAUUCGGAAUUGCGACAAUGGCUGUGGUCUGCAUAGGAACAGUUGCUUUGUAUUAUUUAUACACUAAAAGUCUAAAGAGGAACCUCAGUAUCAUUAUCAUCACUUCCAACAACAACAGCAGCAACAGCAGCAACUACAACAACAGCAACAACAACAAACAUCGUCAACAACAACAGUCUGCAGCAUUGAAGAGCAACAUAUCAACAUUAGCAGCAGCUGAAGGCACAGCAACGACUUCGCCGAUUAAGAAGAUAAAAAUAAUUAAUCAAAUUUUUGCUUCUUCGUUGACGUCAUCAUCACCAAAUAAUAAUAAUAAAAAUAAUUAUAACAACAACAACAACAAAAAUAACAAUAGUACCAUUUAUAGCGACAACAAUAACAACGAUGCUUUUUGCGAAACUUGUGCUAAAAAUAACAGCCAAUGGCAAGUCGGCAAAUCAUCUGGGCCCGCUAUCUCAUUGGCUGACGUUCUGACCACUGUCAAGUGUACGGCUGCAGUAAACAAAGAUAAUAAAUCAUAUCACGAUAAUAAUCCUGACGUCAUAAGGAGAGAAGAAUCGCGAAAAGAUCACGUGAGUGUUACGUCAUCAUUAAAUGGCCAGCGGAGCUCUGUAAUUGAUCCUUUUCCGGUCAUCCAAGAUGGCGCCGUGGAAGUAUGAAGAUGGAUGGAGGAAAUUAAAAAAAAACUUUAGUCUGCUAAUUAUUUGAAUAAUAAUAAUAAUAAUAACAAACAUUGUUGGUAUAAUUAACAAAAUAAUUAUUAACGUCGUAAAAAUAAGUAAUGAUGACGAUGACGAUCCCAAUAUUAUUAUUAUUAUCAUCAUCAUUAUUAUUAUUAUUGUUAUUAUUAUUAUUAUUAUUAUUAUUACUUUUAAAUGCUUCACAAAACUUUUAUGGAUUAUAAUUUUUGUUUUUUUUUUCAAAUAUUUCUUCGACAAAAAAUACACGAACGUAUGUAUGUAUGCCAAUUACUUGAAUGAACUAGCUAUUUAAGUUUAACAAUAGCUGAAUUCAUAAUUUAUAUUAAUUAUACUAUAAUAAUAUUAUUAAUAAUAAUAUUAAUACUAACAAUGUUGAUAACACCAAUAAAAACUACAGAUGUUAUUGUU